UUUUUUUUUUUCUGUCAUAAUGUCAACAUCCAUCUUACUUCCACUUCAUUUUAAACAAAUUACAAGCCUAGAAAAACAACAUGUUAGCUAUAUAGAACAAGCCAUAUUGGAAGCUAUACGACAAGAUCAAUCACUUAUCAUUAGUGUUACCUGUGAUGAAAUAAAAGCUCAUGUUGACUGUCUGGACGCAAUAUGGCAAAGACUUCAAGCAUUUUUGGGCAAUAUUUAUGUAGUUCAACUUCAGUUUACUUAUACGCUCAAUAAACCUUUAUUUGAAUGUAAUGUUGUGUUUAGUGAUCUUUGUGGUUAUAACGUACAUCUCGAACCUUAUAUUCAAACUAUUUGUAUACCUGAAGAUCAUCUUCAUGACAAACAUACAACUAACUUCAUAUUAAAAAAUGACUAUAAACCAACUCAAAAAGUGCCUACAUUAUUAACUCAUAAUAAAUCAUCUAAUGGUCCAAUAGAACCUUCAGUCUUUCAACGUAUUGCAGUAGGGGGUACAUUCGAUCAUAUUCAUGCUGGACAUAAAAUUCUGUUAACGAUGACUGCCAUCCUUGCUAAACAAAGUAUGGUAGUUGGUGUUACUGAUGAUUGUAUGCUACUAAAAAAGAAGCAUAAAGAGUUAAUUGCUUCUACAACAGAGCGUAUUCAACAUGUCAAAACUUACCUUGAAUUAGUAAAAAGAAGUACAGACGAUUUCAAAUAUGAAGUAGUACCUAUUAAAGAUCCAUUUGGACCUACUGUCACAGAUCCUACUAUUGAUGCCUUGGUUGUAUCAAAGGAGACAUUGAAAGGCGGUGAUUUAGUCAAUAAUGAAAGAGAUAUGCGUGGUUAUCCUCCAUUAGAAUUACGUAUCAUUGAUGUUAUUUCAUCUGAAAAUGCUUCUAUUGGAGAGCAAGAUAUGAAUAUCUUAAAGAUUAGUUCAAGUUGGAUUAGAGAGUAUAUUGCCACAAAGCAGUCAUAAUAAACUACUUUAUUAUCAUUA